AACGUGACAGUCAGAUACCAAAACAUGGUGGCGCACACCGAACUCCCUUCCCAGGUCCCCAACGAAAAGAUCCUCAAUAAAGACCAAAUAUCGAAAUGUAGCGACGCCAAAAACUUGGGACGUCCUCGGCGAGACUUCGGGGAUGCCGCCCACCUGCAGAAUGGAGCAGCUGUACCUGUCCAAGACGUGGAGAAAGUGGCCCUGACAGAUGGCAUCAAACAGAAGCGAAAGGGAGUACAUCAUAAAGAAGAGGAGUGUUCUCUUUUUGUGGCCUUUUUCACAUUUGUCUCUUACGGGGUUCUGCUCCUUGUGGGGUACAUAAAGGAAUUUUUUAGCCCUCCAUCAACAAAGGAGAAAAACAGAGAGGACAUCGAGGAGUGUCCGCCAUUCACCAACUUCACCAUCUAUCUGUCCUAUGGCGUGCUCUUCCUCGUCGGCUACAUCAAGGAAUUCUUCUAUCCCCCAUCAACCAAAGAAACAAACAGAGAGGGAUAUGUACCCCUUUACAUUGGAUUUGAAAGUUUCUACACUCGUAAUGUUUACCGACGGAUACAGGAUUGUUGGAACAGGGCAAUAUGUAGUGUUCCUGGAGCAUACAUAGACCUGUUAGAGAGGUAUUCUCCUGACUAUGGAUGGACGAUGAAGUUAACUGGGAAGGUCCUAAAAUGUAUCAACGUUGGAUCAUACAAUUAUCUAGGCUUUGCAGAGAAUGUAGGUCCAUGUCAUGAUGAUGCUGAAAAAGCCUUGAAAGAUUAUGGCAUCUCUGCAGGCAGUCCAAGGCUCGAAUUGGGCACAUCAGAUGUUCAUCGUCAACUGGAGACCUUAGUUAGCGAAUUCCUUGGGGUAGAGGAUGCUAUCACUUUUGGAAUGGGAUAUGCAACCAAUGUCCUUAAUUUACCAUCGAUAUUGGGUCCUGGUUGUUUAGUUUUCUCUGACGAGUUCAAUCACGCCUCACUUAUACUUGGCCUUCGUCUCUCUGGAGCCACUGUCAAAGUGUUCCGUCACAAUGACAGUGACGAUUUGGAGAGAAAGUUACGAGAAGCAAUCAUACAUGGCCACCCGCGAACUCGACGCCCUUGGAAAAAAGCUAUGAUUGUUGUAGAAGGAAUUUAUUCUAUGGAGGGAACAAUAUGCGACUUACCUAAUCUCAUUCGAAUCAAGAAAAAAUACAAGACCUACCUGUAUGUAGAUGAAGCGCACAGCAUAGGAGCCCUGGGACCUAAUGGAGGGGGAGUUGUUGAUUACUAUGGUGUUGACCCCAAAGAAGUUGAUAUUCACAUGGGAACGUUUACCAAGAGUUUUGGAGCUGCCGGGGGAUACAUUGCUGGAUCAAAGGAGCUGAUCAAUCAUCUGAGAGUGAAUAGCCAUGCCCAGAUGUAUGCCGUCUCCAUGUCACCACCCGUCGUCCAGCAGAUCAUAACUUCCAUGUCAACGAUAAUGGGCAAAAAUGGCAAUGAUGAUGGUCGCAGACGAAUCCAACAGCUGUCUCGGAAUGUCAAGUAUUUUCGCCAGCGCCUCAGACAGAAGGGUUUCAUUGUGUAUGGCCAUGAUGAUUCCCCCGUUGUUCCAAUGCUAUUGUACCUCAUCCCAAAAAUCUCGAUGUUUGUCAGGGAGCUAACAAAGCGUGGAGUUGCAGGUGUUGGUGUUGGAUUCCCAGCUACAAGGAUCACUGGAGGAAGGAUGCGAUUCUGUUUAUCUGCUGCGCACACAAAGGAAAUGCUAGACAAGAUCCUGGAGGAGGUUGAUGAGGUAGGCCACAUGUGCUGUGCCCACUACUCCAGUAUUCCAAAAAGUGCUGAAAACAUUGAAUGGUAAGGAAACAUCUGCAGUUGGGUUGAAAAUAAGGAUGUCCCUGGGUGCAAGGAUAUUUUUUUAUGGAUUAUGAUUUGUAUCUACUUCAUUGUCUUUGAAUUUUGAAAAGGACUUACUACUGUAGUGCCGUUGUUGAAGUAAAUUAUUGUAGACUGUUUUGUCAUAUUUUUUCAGUAUCACUUGGUUAGGAAGUUUAAGUAGAAGUUUUGGAUGUUCUACUUGCAAUAUUGAUCCAAAGAUGGCUUAACAGCUGUAGUAGUAUACUUGAGUGUUCUGUAUGUACUGGUUUGUGAUCUUUUGUAAGUUUUUGCUAGAGGUUAUGUAUUUAUGGAUGCUGAGUAUACUUGUUGGAAUUGUAGUUGAUGUAAUGCAGUUUAAGAACUAUUGUGAUUAGAUUCUCAAGUGUUACUUUGACAGGUCGAAUGUAAGAAAACCCAAAAAUUCUUGAAGAUUCUCAUUUUUGUACUCAAGAGUUUAUGCAUGAUUGUCCAUGAAUAUCCCAAUAACAAGAGACUAUACUUUAUCAUCUUUGUAUAUUUUCUGAAGUGUUCUUGGAAGAAAAAGCAAUUGAUAUUUGCUGUGAAAUUCUGCUGUAAUGUGUCCUUUGUUGGAAAUCUUGGUAUUGAUAAGUUUCUUCUAUAAUUGCUGUUUUGUUGUACCAUUUUGAUCUCUUUCUUGAUUUUUAGUACUCAUUUUUCAUGCUUUUUUGUGUAAGUUUGCACACGGGGUCCUCACUAGUUGCUACUGUGUAGUGCUUGGUCAGGAAGUCAAUAUUUAAAUGCAUAAAAAGUGCACAAAGUAGGAAAUUAAGUGAAGGAAGACACUUACUGGACUUGCAUUUAUGUUGUAGUCUGUGGCAUGUUACUGAAGAUCUUGUUAUUAUCUUGCAUUUUGAAAAUUGCUUGUAUGGUCAUGGGACUAGUAUUGGAAAUUAACACAAUAAUGUACAACAUGUAAAGUAUCUGUGGAAGGAUAUUAUGGCUAAUAAUUAUUCAUUAGCCUUGAAAGGAUAUAAAAAUUAAAUGUUGAAUGUUGCUAUUAUUGAAUCAGCACAAUAGUCCUUGACAGUACAGACACUCCCUGAGUUAUGAUAGGAGGGUUACAUUCUGAUAAACGUGCUGUAAGGCAAGAAUAUUGUAAAUCAAAAUUGCAUUUUUAUACUCUUAACAAACAUUGUAGCCAGCCUAGCCUACCUUAAAUGUGCCUGGAACACUUCCAUGAGCCUACAGUUGGGCAAAAUCACUAACAAAACUUAUCUUAUAAUAAGAAUGUGGAAUAUCUUGUGUAAUUUACUGAGUAAUCUAAUGAAAAUGAAAAAAAACAGUGCUUGUAUAGGUACCCACCAUGAACUACACAAUGAAAGCACGCAGGACAUGGAGAGCAUAUAUUCGAAGAAUCAAAUGAUAAAAUUAUAUGUUUGAUGAUGAGGAUGAUGGCAUUGCAGCAGCAACAGGAAUAUCAGUUUCCUUCUUGAAGAGAAGAGUUUGUAGAAGGCACUGGUGCAUUGAGAGGCUUCUUCAGGAAAUAUCAGGUGUAAAUUGGAAAGUUUGUUUUUAUGUUUACACCAUAUUUAUAGCAUUCAAGAGCAACCUUACUUGCUGUUAACUGUUGCAUGUGUGGGGUCAUUGACACACACUUUCAGAGUUUUAAGAAGACUUCUUGCUUAGCCUGGAUCAUCAGUCAAGUGAUACUCUUCUAUAUCUAAUUUUGCAUCAGUUUAACAGAUAAUUUCUCCUUCAUUGAUUGGCCUGGGUCUUUUCUUGGUGAUGAUUAGAUUUUACAGAUGCUGAAGAUUUCACAGCAUCACUAAUUCUCUUAUCCUUUAAGAUGGUUGAGAUCGUUGAUGGCAUGGUGGUUAUUUUAACUUUCUCCUCUUGUGAUUUUCUUCCUACUUCUCAUCAGGGGGUGCAAAUGGGCAUUUUGUAGACAUAAUGGGUGCUUAAAAACACAUCACAGAUACAGGAGGGUAUGUAAAACACAAAAGUAACGCAGAGCACUGUGGCGUAUCGGUUAUAUACACUAGCAACUAAAAAGGAGACUGAGAGAUGAUGCUGUAGCCUGGAUUCUCAGCUUUUGCAAGAGGUUUUCAUGUCACUUAUCAAUUUCCCAGGAAAAAAUUGGAAAUGUGUUACUGUUACUGUUGUAAAGUUGCAUUAUUUUACAACCGACCAUUAUGACCUGGGGAGCACAUGUAUCCAUUGUGCACUUGUCAUGCAUAAUAUUGGUGUCAAAUCUGACAAAUUGCUGUCAUGUGUAGUUGACUUGUAAUACUAUAGAAUUAUGCAAUAUUAUCAUAGGUUUCAUUUAUACAUUCAAGUCACUCGUGAUGGGAACUAUUCUUGUUAAGUAACUUGGCAAAUUGUGAUUCCAAGGCCUUUGUAAAUUUACUUCAUACACAAUCUUUGCAUAGUUUCAUCUUUUAGCAGAAGUCUUGCGAUCUUGUGUCCAAGGUACGGAACCAUUUUCCAGAAGUCUUGCUUAUUAUCCAUCGUUCAAUCUGGAAAGGAUAUUUGCUGUGUGACACUAUUCUGAAUUUGUCUGGUUUGUUGGAAAGUAACAUUCAGGAGGAAUUCUUUGCCUAAUUUACUAGAAGGUACCUGAGCCCAGUGUUGUGUAGUGGGUGGUUCUUUUCGUGAAAAGUGUGGAGAAUUUGUAUGCUUUAUCAUAUCACAACACCUUUGUAUUGUUAGCUUUUGGCUCCUCUUCAGUUUAAGGUGUAAAAAUUUUGUGCUUUAUCAUAAAUUCGGGUACAAGUCAACAUUUUUGUACAAACUCUCGGCAUUUGCGAGAGGGUUUCAUACCACAUGGAUUUGCUGCAGUUCACAAAGUAUGUUUUGAAAGGAGUGCAUUAUCUUAUCUUUUUACAUGCUGUAUUUUUCUCUUACUGGAAUCCUUACCUAAUUAUGUAUAGUAUAAAUAGCAAUAGUGCCUGCUGUAAACCUAACAUUUUCUAUGGUGUGCUGUAAACCUCGCCUUGAAUAAUCUAAUAUUUAAGGAGGAUUAAAUUUCUGAUGAUUGUUUAGGUGGGACUUGGUACAAAACAUAUCACACAAGUUUUCUCAUUUUGUUAUUUUAGUUAACUUAUAGUUAGUCAAGCUGACUGCUGCCACCUCUUUGAGUACCAAGUUUUUCAGAAGAUGAAUGAAACUAGUGUGCAAGAGGUGGUGGUUGAGUAGCUUCAAACCAUUGUGUCAUUGAACACAUCUUUCUGGAGAUUUUACCAGUGGUUGAGGGUGCUGUUAAACAUCAGGAAAGUUAAGAUUGAUAUCAUGGUAAUUGUGACAUCUUGCUCUUUAUUCCAGAAAUGGAAAUGUUGAAUUUUAGCCAAGGUGACAUCAAGUAAAUUACUUAGUAAAGACAUUUCACUGGGGAUUUCACACCUAUUCGUUCUAGUCUCGUGCAUUAGCGCAUUUUAUAACAUUAACACAUCUUGUCGGCUUGUUCAUUCAUCGUUAUAGGAGUGAAGUUCACGAGAGCUUUCGAGGUUUGGUGUUCAUUCAUCAGUAGAUUUUAUAACCAUUUUCAUCUAGUGGGCACCUUUUUUAAUAUCACCAUGUUAAUGUAGAAGUGCUUUUUGAAUGAAUGGUCAAAAUAUAAGAUAAAUUUGACUAAUGCACAGCAGAUGUGCUGGAAGAUUCUUAGCAUGGACCUCUUACUAAUAAAAGUUACAGAAGCUUAGUAGACACUACUCCUUUUGUAAUUAACAAAUAAAAAGACAUUUGGCUCGAAAAAUUUAUUUUUCUUUGGGUUAAAAUGCAGUGUAUGGUGAUUGACUAAAACAGGAAUAUUUAAUAUUUUCUGUAUCAUUCAGGUUGUUUACAAAUGUUUCUGAUGUCAGUUUUCAUAUAUGCACUGUAACUUUUUUUUAUACAGUUAUGAUGUGUGGUUUAGAAUGUGUUGCAAAGCUUAUGUCACAAUGGAGACCUCAUUUCCCUGUGCUAAUUUCAGGACCAUCCAAGAUCUUUGAAUAUGAUGAAGUAGAGCUUGCAACUUUUAAAUGGUAAAGAUCAUUUGUUUACUUGAGUACUGAAUGUACUUUGCCUUAUUCUCGUGAGAGAUCAAUGGAUGUCUUUCUUUCAGCAGAGCAUGAUUGGUUCAUGGUACUACGUAGUGCAGUGGUGUUACUUUAAUUAAGUUUUGUUGUAGGUUAUUUUUUAGAGUAGAAUUUCAGAUAUCAGUCUGUAUUUUGUUAUGAUCUUAUUGAAGGAGAUUGAUUGUUGUUAGUUCAUUUCCAUUGAUAAAUUUCUCUCUAUGAGGGCAGUUUCUGUCUGUGCUGGAACUCUGUAUUCUCAUGAAUAAUGGUCUUUUGUACUUUAAAGAAAAAGUUCCUUAUCAGUUUGUGUAAUAUGAAUGCUUUUUUAGUACUGUAUAAAUUAUUAGAUUUGUUACAAAUGCCUCUUUCAUUCUAGUUUAAUAUUAAGGUUAAGACACUAAUGUGAUUGUAUGUAUGAUGGUGAACAUGAUUAUCUGCCUAACUGCCAUUUUUGUCUGGGUACUGUUUAUGGUAGAAUCACUAUUUUUAGAGAGUAUUUGCUGGAAAGAGGUGUAGUAAUUUUCAGUUGUAGACUUUAUUUUGGUAUUUUGUCACCGAUUUGCAUCACUUUUGAUUGUUCAGCAUAGCUUCUGCCGUUUUAAGUGGAUAAGGUUGAAUUGGUUUUGAAGUAUUAGUAGAAAACAUUACAGAGGUGUGAUGUGCAUAGCUUUGUAGGAGGAAUGUAGUUUGAUACCAUAUGACCAGUCAACACCCAAUACGUGAUGAAGUUUACUCUAUUUUUGCAACAUUACUGUACAGUAUUUAAAAGUUUACAAACUGUCCCAUGAAAACCUUGGGAAUAACUUGAAUGAAAAUGCAAAGGAAAACUUGCAUAGAUUUAGGCUUCGUAAGAUCGUCGGCAGGAGUUUGCCUCUUGGCCAACAACACUCUAUUUUUUUGAAGGAUUUGAUCAACAAGUUUUAUUAAUAUGUCAGUUAUGAAAAUGUAUUUUUAAUAUAUGUAUAUGUUGUAGCAUUUGCUUACUGAGAGAGAUAUAUAGAUAUUAUUAGAAUAUACAGUACUGUAUUACUGUCCAUUGUGCACAAACAGCUAAUAAAUAUAAGAAAUGAGAGAUUGCCCACAUUAAUACUGUACUGUUUAAAUGAAACACUGAAUGCUGUUGUAAUAUUUGUUGUUAAAUUAUUAUUCUUAUUGGAAUCAAUAUUAAAGAAAAUGAAUAAAUGUAAAA